AUGAGAACACACCCACGGUCUUCAGGAGUGAUUACAGAUAAAUACCUUCUUCCAGAAUCCAAAAUCAGCCAGAAAUGCAAGAUUUCUCAGAAAUGGAAGACUCUGCCCUGGCAGUUCUCCGUGGGUGGCCACCUGUCCCCAUGGCCUACCUACACCAGUGGCCAGACCAUUCUACAAAACCGAAAGCCCUGUUCUGAUGACUACGGGAAGCGAGCCAGCUGGCAGCAGCAUCCUCUGGGCAUUGCCAAGCCCAAAUACCUGGAACAGCUAGAAAACUACCUACGCAAGGAGCUCCUCCUGCUGGACCUGGGCACAGAUUCCACACAGGAGCUGAGGCUGCAGCCUUAUAGAGAGAUCUUCGAAUUCUUCAUAGAGGAUUUCAAGACGUACAAACCACUACUAUCUUCCAUCAAAAAUGCAUAUGAGGCGAUGCUGGUCCACCAAAGGGAGAAGAUUCAGGCCCUGGAGCCCCUGAAGGCCAAGCUUGUUUCUAUGAAUGAGGAAUGCAACCAGAGGAUCCUGGCCAUGCAGGCUGAAGAGAGGGAUGAAAUCUCUGUGCUCAAGAGAGAGAAGAUGAAUUUGCUAAAACUCAUAGACAAAAAGAAUGAGGAGAAGAUCUCACUGCAGAGUGAGGUGUCCAAGCUGAGAAAGAGCUUAGCUGAGGAGUACUUGCACUACCUCAGUGAGCGAGAUGCCCGCAAGAUCCUCAUUGGGGACCUGAAUGAGCUACGGUACCAGAGGGAAGAUGUAUCACUAUCCCAGUCUCCAGGUGUCUGGGGGGAGGACCCUGUGAAACUAACAUUGGCUCUGAAGAUGACCCGGCAAGACCUGACCCGAACGCAGAUGGAACUCAACACCAUGAAGGCCAACUUUGGAGACGUGAUACCCAGGAGAGACUUUGAAAUGCAGGAGAAGAUCAACAAGGAUCUUCAAGAGCAGUUGGACAGCCUGAGAGCUGACUAUGAAGAGGUGUGCAAAGAACAUGAACUACUGCUGCAGUUGCACAUGAGUACACUGAAAGAGCGGGACCAGUUCUUUUCUGAGCUGCAGGAAAUCCAGCGCACUUCCACACCUCGCCCUGACUGGGUCAAGUGUGAAGAUGUGGUGGCCGGGGGUCCAGAACGCUGGCGAAUGCUGGCUGAGGGAAAGAACAGUGACCAGCUGGUGGAUGUGCUCUUGGAAGAGAUUGGCGAGGGCCUUCUUCGGGAAAAAGACUUCUUUCCUGGUCUGGGCUAUGGGGAAAACAUCCCCUCUUUCCUUCGGUUUGAUGGCCUUGUGGAGAAUAAGAAGCCAAGCAAAAAAGAUGUGAUAAACCUCCUGAAGGAUGCCUGGAAGGAACGUCUCACAGAGGAGGAGAAAGAGACGUUCCCAGAUUUCUUCUUCAAUUUCCUGGAGCGUCGCUUUGGCCUCAGUGAUGCCAUAGCCUGGGCUUACACCAUUUUUGAAAAUAUCAAACUCUUCCGCUCCAAUGAGGUCAUGAGUCAGUUCUAUGCAGUCUUGAUGGGAAAGAUGACAGAGAGUACAUAUAUCAACCAAAAGGACAGAAUAGCCCAUCUGCUGAAGGAGAUGACAAAUGCUGAUACUCAGAAUGAGGGGUUACUAACCAUGGAGCAGUUCAGCACCAUCCUCAAGAACACAUUCCCCCUCAAGAAGGAAGAGCAAAUUCAGGAGCUGAUGGAGACAGGAGGCUGGCAACCCAACAGCAGCAAUUCAGACUUGCUCAACUACCACUUAUUGUUUACAGAGAAUGAAGAAGGCCAGAGUGAGCCCUUUGUACAAAAACUGUGGGAACAGUACAAGGAUGAGAAGGAACAAUACUUGCAGGAACUAAAGCAGGAGCUGGGCAGGAAUCCCCAUGAUGAGGUGACCCUCUCCAAACUGCAUGGGGCUCUGAUGACCAUUGACCCAAGCCUGGACAAGCAGACGGUCAUCGCCUACCUGAGCCAGGCGUUCGAGCUCCCUGUGUCAGAACUUCCAGAGGAGGAUAAUGAGAAGCAGGAGGGCACUGUGAUACAGCUCCAGACGGUACUGGAACGGCUUCGAUUAGCUGACAUAAAGCGCAUGGGGCCUCGAGAGCCAGAGCCUGCAAGCUAGGACCACUGUGGGCACCCUGAGUGCUCCAGUACUGC